AUGAAUGAGACGAGGCGUGUGGCCUGCAACGAUGAAUUGUUCAAUCCAGUUCUCACGACUGGUGCGCAGAUUUCUUGCAUUCUCGUGAUCUCACACUUCUUUCAACUUGUAUUCAAGCCCUUGGGCCUACCUGGACCCCUCGCUCACAUUCUCAAAUUCAACAUGGAUUCUUAUGUUUUUCCUAAUUUGGCGUAUAAUGGUGAUGCUGUAGAUCAGAAUAAGCUUCUGAAGUCUUCUCAGAAAAUGAUUAACAUUAACUUAAGCAAGCAGGAGGCAGGGGUCGUGCUAGGUCGCUCAGGGCUGUCACAAAUAGGAGGAGUAAAGAAAUUCUUCUUUCAGACUUUUACAGCAGAUUACUAUGAAACUAUGGCUUUGUAUGCUAGAUUUGUAAUUAUGUUUCUGAUCGGUCUUGAGAUGGAUGUUCCUUAUCUGAUGCGCAACUCACGUCCAGCAAGCAUUAUUGCAUGUGGUAGCAGCAUAAUGUGUACCAUCUUUGCAGCAGCCAUAACCCCUUUUAUAUAUCAAGAGACUGCAGUACAUGGCUCCAUGUUCAUGACAGCCUUAAUGCUUAUAGUUAUCUUAGCAAACACAGCCUCUCCCAUUGUGAUUUGUCUGGCGGCUGACUUAAAGUUUGCAACCUCAGAUUUUGGCCGGAUGGCCAUAUCCUCUUCGUUGAUAAGUGACAUGUAUGCUGUAUCAGUGUUGAUUUUUUUUUCCAGAAACAAAUACAAAUAUACAUUCAUGAUAUGGAUAUUGUUGUGCUUCGUCUAUUUCAUCAUUGUUGUAGCAGUUAUCGUCCUCAACAUGUACGUAGCUAACUGGUUAAACCGGAGGAACAGGAACCAAAAGUACCUUAAAAAUUUCGAGUUCUCUCUCAUUCUGGGUAUCGUCAUUGUUACAGCACUUGCUAUUGAGUCAAUGGGAUUUAGCAGCAUUAUCGCUUGCUUACUCAUUGGCUCAAUGUUUCCGAGGGGAGGCAAAACAGCUCGGACAUUAUUGAUCAAACUGACAUAUUCAGUUCACAACUUUGUACUCCCAAUUUACUUCGGCUUCGCAGGGUUCAGAGCAGAUGUAACAGUCAUAAACACUUGGCGCAACUUUCUCCUGGUUGUCAUUGUUAUUUUGUUGAGCAUCGGUGGCAAGAUUACCGGCACCGUUGCUGCUUGCCAUUACUUAAAGAUUCCACUGCAUGAGGGUGUUCUCCUUGCUUUCUUAAUGAACUUGAAAGGCCAUGUUGAUCUUGUGACUUUAACAGUGGGACUGCAGAACAAAGUUGUGUUGAGUCAGAUAUUCUACAGUUUGAUGACAUCGAUAAUAGUGAUUAAUUCGGUGAUCUCAGGACCGCUGAUAGCUUUCAUGGUGAAAAGAGAACAUGAUACCCUCAGUUACAAGCAUAUAGCCUUUGAAGCAAAAAAUCCAGAGAGUGAACUGCGAAUGCUAGCCUGUGUGCAUGGUCCUCAUCCAGUAGCAACCAUGGUAGGGCUCAUUGCUGCGUCAAAAGGGUCUGCAAAUGUUGCCAUCACCCCCUACUUGAUGCACCUGAUUGAGCUCCCUGAAAAAACCAACACCAAUUUGAUGUAUCACCAGCGAGAAGAUGAGGAGCUUAGUGAUGAGGAAGACUAUGGUGGUAAUGAUGUGCUGGAGAUCAAUGAUGCUGUGGACAUCUUCUCUGCAGAGACAGGAAUGGUGAUUCAUCAGCUUAAAGUUGUGUCACCCUUUGCUAGCAUGCAUGAGGAUGUGUGUGACUGUGCUGAGGACGUACGUGCAUCUAUUAUAUUCCUCCCUUUCCACAAGCACCAGCGAAUUGACGGAAAAUUAGAGAAUGGAAAGGAGGGUAUAAGGACCACUAAUCAGAAAGUCCUCCGCCAUGCCCAGUGCUCAGUUGCAAUACUUGUAGAUAGGGGGCUCACAGCUGGCAACUCACGUGCUUCUGGCUCCGAAUCUUUACAACAUGUUGCUACCUUAUUUUUUGGUGGACCUGAUGACCGUGAGGCUUUGGGGUUUAGUAAACGUCUUGGCACACAUCAUCAUAUAAACCUCACGAUUAUUAGGUUUCUUCAAGGAUCAACAAGAGGCCACAGUGUGGGGGUCAAUGUUGCACAUAAAGAGGAUGAUGUUUUGAUGGCUAUAUCAGAUCGUGAUAUGGAGAAUGAGGCAGACAAUAUCGUCUUAACGGACUUUUAUAACAGGUAUGUGACAUCAGGUCAAGUGGGAUAUGUAGAGAAGUGUGUGGAAAACGGGGCAGAGACUGCAUCGGCUUUAAGGGACAUGGCAGACAUGUAUUCAUUGUUCAUCACAGGGAAGGGUGGGCGAAAGCACUCACCUCUAACAACUGGAAUGAGUGACUGGGAAGAGUGUCCGGAGCUUGGUACAGUAGGGGAUUUUAUGGCUUCUUCAGAUUUUGAUAUUAGUGGUUCAGUAUUAAUCAUUCAACAGCAUAGAGUUUCAACCAUUGAUGACGAUGAUCCAUACGAAUGAAGGUUGGACUUGGCAAAAUCAUCUACUUAGUGUACUCUGGCUAGACUUAUCACCAAUUCACCAUCUUCUGUCACAUCAGUUUCUUGUGAGGACAAAGAAGAAUGGUCAACUUAAAAUUGCACAAUUGGUCGUAUCAUCUACAAGCUAAAAACAUAUUGGCUGGGAUGAUCUUCACUUGGAUGUGCACAACCUGAAACCAUUGUGCUACGAUUUAGGGUUCAAACUACUUAUUUUUGUGAGUUAUAGCCUUGGUUUUCAUGGACCUUUGUAUGUCCAGGGAUGGAUGAGAUACUUAAGAUGUACGAUAUGAUGUUUGGUGUAUGGUUAAUAGGUCAAGGUAUGUAAAUGCCGAUUCAAGGAUUGGAUGGCACACUCCAGUGCAGAAAUUUG